AUGACUGAGAAAACUUCACCAGUCAAUGAACCGACACCACCACUUAUUCUGAGUUUAACAGAUCUCCCUGACGAUAUCUUAAACAAAAUCAUUGAUUAUUUGUACAUUGAUCAUGUGCCUCCAUUGUCUGACAAUAAUAGCAAAUCAUUAAUUGGUUUCCCCAAAUAUUUCUAUAUUUUGAACCAUAAUAGAAUGGGGCCUGUUUAUAAAGACGUUUUGGCAUUAUCUUCUACAUGUACAUUUUUGCGUAAAAAGUUAGCUCCAAUACUAUUUCAAUCAUUGAGUUUAGUUCGAACAAAUCAGGUUGAUGCCGUGUUGGCAACUCCGAAAUCACAGGAAAUGUUUAGCAAUACCAAAGCAAUCCAACACCAUUUUGUGAAUGAAUUGAUUGUUAGUAAUAUCGAACUUUGUGAAAAGGCAGAUUUAACUGGAGCCAAUGAUAAAUUAUUCAAAUCUAGAUAUGAAAACAGCUUAAUGAUGACAAAUUUUAUAAGUUAUUUGGAAUGUGACAAUUCAUUCUUAAAUGGAGGAAGAAUAAGUUUGUUCCCGAACUUAAAAGCUUUGAAAGUGUUAGAUAUCGGAGAAAGCAAGACUCUUGUUGGUAGUUUUGAAUCUGCCAAUCUUCGUUAUUUAGCAAUCAAUAUCCAUACUUUAAUCAAUUCACCGCAGUUAUUAAAAAUUGUUUCUAAAUUGAACCGAUUAGACUUGUUUCUUGAUUAUGGGAAUCUUCCAUCUCAAGUAGGGAUUCUUCCACUCAUUGAACAAUUUAAAAUUCCGUCACAAUUAACUGAGUUGGUGUUAUUGUUAAAUAACUCUUUUACAAUAGCAUAUUUGGAUACAAUAAAACUAUUGGAAAACAUUUCUGAAAAUGCCUUGAAUUUUGCUAAACUUACAAUCAGAAGCAAACGAAGGAAAAGUGAAUCGACAGUUGAUCAAAGUAAAUGGGAGUUGUAUCAAGGCUAUGUUGGUGAAAAAUUGUUAAAAAUCUGUAAGAAAUUGACUGAUUUGGUUGUUGAUAUUUCUAUAUUGGAUGUCAUAAAGUUUGAUCCAGAAACAUAUACUUCACCGGUAUUGCAUAAUGAUCAUUUGGUGGCUGAAAAACGAAUCACCUUAGUUGAUCAGGCAGUAGUGGGACCCAAUAUUGCAUCCACUACCCGUGAAAAGGCUGGCGUUAUUAUUCGUCAUUGUCAAUUUACCAAUCUAUUCUUCCAAUAUGGCGAAUCAAUAGAAGAAUCACAUAUACAUGUCUUGAAAUUAUUAACAGACUUUGUGGGAUGGUUGAGUAGUGGCCAUUUAGACCGGAAUCUCAAUUACUUAGGAAUUAAAAGAAUUUCUUUGGAAAAGUGCUGGUCAAUGACAGAUGAUUCAUUAGUUCGUGAUAUGAUUGGUGGUUUGAUCAACUCCACAUUAAAAAGUGAUUUGUGUACUUUACAAAAAGUGUAUCCUUGGACAACGACGAUUUAUAAUUCUCCAAGAUAUAAAGAUAUUGAUAGUUACUAUGUUAAUUAUGUCAAGGAGACUGGAGCACCUAUUAUUGACUCACGUGGAUAUUUUAUAGGUGUAUCAGACCAGAUUGCUGAUAGACCCGUGUUUACUACAGUAGAUAAACAAGGAGGAAUUCAAACCAUCAAUAUGGAGUUUUGGAGUGGUGAAUGUUCAUUAUUAGAUUUUGAACAAUACUCGAUCCGACAGAGACGAAGUUUAUUAUGGGGGUAA